AUGCUUUUGGAAAAGCUUAGAGAAGAGACAGAAGAGCUUCAACAUUGUCUUGCACCAGGAUACGAAAUACUUAUAUCUGAUCUAGAACAUAAAAGAACACUUCAGGAAAGAUCCCACAAAGAGGUACGAGAAAAUAUAACUGAGCAGGGCACCUAUCUUCACCAGGAACUGGAAAAAAUCAUCCAAAGGCAUCUGAAUGAAGCAAAGAAAUUGGAGGAAGAAGACCUUUCCAUUAUAGGAAAGCAGAUUUCAGAUAUGAAAUCAAUUCUCUCUGAGAUUCAGAAAAUUAUUAAAGAAAACGAAAAUCUUCUAAAGACGAAAAUCAUAAAAUAUGUUUUGAAACAUGAGUCGGAAAAUGAAAGAUUUCGGGAAGUACAAAAAUUAAUUGAAUUAUCGCCUCCAUCUUUCGUGUCUCAAAGGGUCCCUCAGGAAACAUUAAGUCAGCUGUUUGGGGUGCUAACCUGUUCUGUCAGAAGAGAAAUUUGUCCUUAUCCUAUACCUUCUGCGACUAAUCUUCGUAGCAAAAGAGAGGGCCUCAAAGUACCAGAAAUAAUUCGAACAUGGAAAACUGGAUUGAAAGUCUCACAAAAAAUUUCUUGUUGUCUCGAAUCGGAUGGCUGUUACGUUAGAUCUGGUAACACUAUCAAACAAUUCAACGCAGCUGGAAAAGAGUUAAGUGUGACAAAAUUAAAAUCAGAAAGUCAUUUUCUCAUUGAUAUAACAGUUUUGAAAAAUAACACUCUGUUUUUCAGUGACAAUCGCGACAGAAGUGUUAAUUCUGUAAAAGAUAACAAAAUAAAAACUCUAAUAACAUUUGAUGGAUGGAAACCAUUGGCCAUUUGUUCUUCCUCUACUGGUGCUAUUUUAGUUUCAAUGCAAACAGAUGAUGAGACACAAAGUAAAGUUUUCCGAUACUCUGGGACUACAGCUUCACAAGAAAUUCAGUACAAAGAUUCAAGUACACCUUUGUAA